CUCCCAGAGCACUGUGUCGUGUGCAAUGGCAGGGCACUGUCGCUCGGCAGUGCAGGCGUUGGAGUUGUGUUUGCUAUUGGUUGUGGCACAUGUUGUGCACUGCACAUAUGUGCCUGAAGCUGUGAAACCACAUAGGAUACAAAAACGGCAGUUCAAUCGUGGAACAGAUGCCUCAUUUCGUCACUAUUCAUCCUUCCGUUCAGAUGGAGGAAGUUCUUCUUCUUUUGGUUCAGGAAGAAAAACUGCUACUCGAGGUGAUGUACCUGUCGAAACUGCAGUUAAAACAGGUGGAAAAUUUGUUAGUGGAGACUGUGUAGGGGCACCAAAAAUCAUGAAUGCCCGCUUAAGCUGCAGAAUUGGCAGUGGAUGCAGGGCAAACUGCUACCGAGAAUACCAGUUUCCCAGUGGGCAGACACAGUUGUUCCUUACUUGUGUGGAUGGAAAGUGGCAAGUAGAGAAUACUGAAUGGGAAACAGUACCCAACUGUGAGCCCAUCUGCCUACCAGCCUGUCAACACAAUGGCAUAUGUGUAUCACCUGGCAAGUGCAACUGCUCUGAGGGGUACACAGGCCCAAGGUGUCAGUUUGAGAAAAAGCCAUGCCUCAACCAACCACCUAGAGCGGCCAAUUCACGAAGGGUCUGCAUUGGUGGAAAAACCUGCACAAUAACCUGUCUGGAUCAUCAUCAAUUUCCUGAUGGCUCAUCAGUAGCAAACCUUGUCUGCAAAGAAGGAGACUGGGUGCCUGCAAAACCAGAUUGGGUACAGGUGCCUGACUGUGAACCGAUCUGCGAUCCUCCAUGCCAGAAUGGUGGUAGCUGCCUCACUUUCAAUGUCUGUCUUUGCCCCCAAGAUUACAGAGGACCACAAUGUCAAUACUUGGCUGAUGCCUGUACUCCUCAAAAUCUGAAAUUCAAUGGGCAGUAUACCUGUCAUCAAUCUGGUAACCGCUUUGCAUGUUCAAUAUCCUGUCCUCCAGGAGGACGAUUCAGUGAACCACCUGCUGAAGAAUACAUCUGUGACUAUGCGACUGGAGCCUUUAGCCCACCCAAUAUACCACAGUGCCAGUACGAUUCUCUAGUGGAAAUGCUUCCAUCUGAAUUCCUGGAGUCCCAUUCCCAGAUUUUUAGUAACAAGACCACUUUUUUGGGUACAAUACCACAUGAAUGGAGUCCCCUUGAUUUCAACAGCAGGACACCAGCUGUAAUUUUCCAUAACCCACUACCAGGAGACUGUUUCACUUGGUCAGGAAGCCAUUUUAAGACAUUUGAUGGAAAAAUUAUAAGCUUCCAAGGAGACUGUGUGUAUACUUUGGCACAAGACAAAGUAGACAGUACUUUUAGUGUCUUAAUAGAAAGGCAAAAUGGGCGCCACAUCAGAGUAUUUGCUCAAGAGAAAGAAUAUGUGCUGUAUUUAAAUGCUGAGGGAACUCCUGUGUUGGAGAGUGGUAGACGCAAAAUGGUAGUCCCUGCACAGCUGCCAGGUGUCACUGUAGAACUCCUAGGAUAUAAUAUUGAAUUAGUUUUGACUACUCUUAGGGUGUCUGUCAAAUGGGAUGGAAAGGAUUUCAUUGCUGUACAUGUGCCAGAAGUGAUGUGGAACAAGACAGCUGGUCUGUGCGGACGCUUAGAUGGAUUUGCUGGAAAUGAUCUAAGUCUGAAAGAUGGCAGUCCUACCACUGAUGUUGUGACUUUUGCUAGUAGUUGGCAAACUAAAGUUAUUGAAGAAGGGUCUUGCAAUCAACAGCCUUCUGUGAUACAUCCCUGUACAGAUAACGUUGUAAACAAAAACAGUGUUGUGGAUGAAGCUAGUUCCUUCUGUAGCCGGCUGCUUACUGAUGUCCGCUUUGAAGCAUGUCGAGCAGUUUUGGAUGCUCAGCAAUAUUAUGAAGCAUGCCGAUGGGAUUAUUGCUCUUGUAAAUCUGAAGAGCCAUGGAAAUGUGCUUGUGAAUCACUGGCAAUCUUUGUCAGAGAGUGUAUUCGCCGUGGCAUCAACUCUGUGCAGAACUGGAGAGAUCAUGAAAUGUGUCCAAUGAGAUGCAGCAAUGGCAUGGUGUACCUGCCUUGUGGCUUGUCAUACCAGGUGACAUGUGGCUCUGUGGCUGCUAACAGAUCACUGACAACACAAGAAGUGUGUGAGGAAGGCUGCUACUGCCCCCCAGGCACACUGCUUCACCAGGGAUCAUGUGUCCCACCUGAGCAGUGCCCCUGCCAGCUUAGGGGCCGUUCUUACAAGCCAGGAGAAACAGUGCCCCGUGAUUGUAACACAUGCACCUGUGUAGCUGGUCAGUGGGUGUGCACACAGACACAUUGCUCUGCUCGGUGUGCAUCUGUAGGCGACCCACAUUAUGUGACAUUUGAUGGUCGUCGUUAUGACUUUAUGGGAAAAUGUUCAUACCAUCUUGUGAAGGGAGCUGAUUUUAGUAUUGAGACAGAGAAUGUUGCAUGUGCAGGAUCCAUUUCUGAGGCCAUGAAUUUCCCAGCAUCUGUGACAGGGGAAAUGCCAUCUUGCAACAAAGCAGUGACAGUCCGAAUUGAUGACGUUAUUGAAGUGAAGCUACUACAGAACCGAGAGGUGCUAGUGGAUGGCCGUGUGCCAGAUGAGCUUCCUGUCAAUGUGUCUGGUGUAUACAUUCAUGAAGCUUCAUCAAUGUUUGUUGUGGUGAAGCUUCCAAAUGGCUUGAAAGUCUUUUGGGAUGGAGCUACACGAGUCUACGUAGAUGCACCCCCCAGUCUUCGUGGAAAAACAAAGGGAUUGUGUGGUACCUUCAACUCAAACCAGAAAGAUGACUUCCUGACACCUGAGGGAGACACAGAGCAGACAGUUGCAGCAUUUGCCAAUAAAUGGAAGACUCAAGGAGAGUGCGUGGAUGAACCUGAGAAAACAUCAUCUCAUCCCUGUGACACUAAUAUUCAGAACAAAGAAGCAGCCAUUCGCCUUUGUAGCAAGUUGCAUGGAACAAUUUUUGCUGACUGCCAUUACACAGUGGAUCCCCAGCCAUUCUAUGAAGACUGCCUGUAUGAUGUCUGUUCAUGUCAGCUUGAUGUGAACCAAUGUCUGUGCCCCAUACUUGCAGCAUACGCCAAAGAAUGUAGCCGCAACCAUGUACCUAUUGAUUGGAGACAUUCUGUUAGAGAGUGUGGUGUGCGAUGUCCCCUCGGCCAACAGUAUAAAUUUUGUGGUAAUCCUUGUGUUCGAUCCUGCUUUGACUUGGCACAGUCACUUGCUGAUUGUGGCCCACGAGACUGUGUUGAGGGCUGCAACUGUCCUGAAGGAGAGGCUUUGGGUCCGGGUGGUACCUGCAUUCCUAUUGCACAGUGUCCAUGCCUCAGUGGCUCCACUGAGGUUCUUGCUGGUAGUUCUGAAGUCAGAAUCAAUGAUCAAGGUGGCUAUGAAUUCUGUGAGUGUUCUGCUGCAAAAUGGUCAUGUCGACCUGCAACACCAGAAGAGCAAAAACAACAUGGUAAUCUAACUGCAAGCCUAAAGAAAUGCCGAGCUGACCUUGGUGAGGAAUUUACGAUGUGUUCUCCCACAGAAGUCCGUACUUGUAAGAACAUGCAUAAUCCAACAAAAGCUCGUAAAGGAGGGAGAUGUAUUGCUGGCUGCACUUGCAAGAAAGGCUUGGUUCGUGAUACUGAGACUGGAAAUUGCAUCCCUCCAUCACAGUGUGCUUGUCAUCAUGGAGGUCAAAGCUAUCCUGAUGGAGGCACAAUUCAGAAUGAUUGUAAUGAAUGUGUUUGUGUCUCUGGCAAGUGGAACUGUACAGAACACAUUUGUGAUGGACUGUGUACUGCAUGGGGUGACUCCCAUUACAAGACAUUUGAUGGCCGUAUGUAUGACUUCCAGGGUAACUGUGAUUAUGUGUUAGCCAAAGGGACCCUUAAUGAUGAUUCUUUCAUGAUCUCCACACAGAAUGUGCCAUGCAGUUCUCUGGGUGCCACAUGUUCCAAGUCUGUGAGCAUGGCUAUUGAUUUUGCAAAUAAAAAAGAGACUAUAACAUUCAUCAGGGACAGCCCAGUACCUGAUGUAACUUCUCUUAAUAGGAUACAGGUCCGUGAGGCUGGACUUUUUGUCUUUUCUGAGGUGCCAGACUUGGAUAUUGUACUUCAGUGGGAUCGUGGUACAAGAGUUUAUGUUAAACUGGGCCCAAGAUGGAAAGGACUGGUGAAAGGCCUCUGUGGAAACUUCAACAACAAUGAAGCUGAUGAUUUCCAGACACCUUCUGGAGGUAUAAGUGAAGUGUCACCAGUACUAUUUGGCGAUUCUUGGAAGCUUCAGCCAUACUGUCCAGAAUCAUUUGCAAUUGUGGAUGCAUGCAAAAAACACCCAGAACGAGAAAUAUGGGCAGUUCAGAAGUGUAGUAUACUAAAGUCUGAAGUAUUCCGCAGAUGCCAUUCUGAAGUGCCUUUUGAACCCUAUCUGCACAGGUGUAUCUUCGACUCUUGUGCUUGUGAUCAGGGAGGAGACUGUGACUGUUUGUGUACAGCUCUGGCAGCUUAUGCUCAUGAAUGCAACAUUCAUGGCGUGCCUGUAAAAUGGAGGACGCAGCAGUUGUGUCCCUUGCAGUGUGAUGAACGCUGUUCUGAAUACAGACCUUGUGUAACUACCUGCCCCAAGAAGACAUGUGACAACAUUCUCAAAUAUGAGACAAUUACAAGAAUGUGCAGUAAGGAUCAUUGUGUUGAAGGUUGUGAAGCCAAGAAAUGUCCAGAUAAUGAAGUAUACUCAAACAUUACAGCCUUAGAGUGUGUUACUGUUAACAAAUGCAAGCCUCCAGUCUGUCUUCAGACAGCACAGGCUACCUACUAUGAGGGUGAUUUGAUGGAAGAAGAUGCCUGUCAUCGAUGCUUCUGUUCACACCACCAGAAGAAGUGCAUAGGGGAGCCAUGUUCCACCACUGAGCAGCCAAUACACCAAACCUUCUCAACCAUUGCACCAACCACUGGGCUGCCAAAAACUGCACCUGCUCCAGAAUGCAAGUCAGGUUGGAGCAGCUGGUUGAACUCUUUUACACCUUCAGAUGACAAGUCAUAUGAUAAAGAGCCUAUCCCUGACACCAUCUCUGAUAAUGUAUAUGGCCAGAAAGGUAUCUGCAGCAGAACUAAUGUGACUGAAAUUGAAUGUCGUGCAGUGGGCAGUGAACUUGACCACAGUGAUACUGGAGAGAAAGUGAAAUGUAACUUGGAAGAAGGCCUAGUCUGCAAAGAUGGUUGUAGGGAUUAUGAGAUAAGACUGUAUUGCAGCUGUGGGGAAACCACACUCUGCAGCUUGGAUCAGCCUCUUGCUCCAACUGCAGCCCGAUGUGAUACAUAUCUUAAGUGCGAACAACUACCAGAAACUGGUCGCCGAAUUGUUGAGAUGCAAUGUGAAGAUGGUUUGUGGUUCCACCCAGUCCAGCAUCAAUGCACCUCACCAGAUCAAGUUGCCACUGUUCGUCCUGAAUGUCGCUUUGAAGAUUUCUGUGGUGUGGAAAGGCCACUUCUUAGUCAUCCGAGUGACUGCUCUAAGUAUUUACAAUGCCAGAGAAAUGCUGUUGGUCAGUGGGAGCUACUGGAAAGGGACUGUGGCCCAGGAACAUGGUUCCACCCCGUAAACAUGGUGUGCGCAUGGCCAGCAGAUGUAAGCGCUGUCCGACCUGAGUGUUCUCUUCCAACAAUGCCAACAAUGGUGACUACAACGGUUGCUGUGCACCAGACUACAGAGGCAACCACAGUGCGAAUAGUGUGUGACCAAGGAUGGACACAGUGGUACAAUAAGACACACACUGAGGAUGGAGACUUUGAACUGGUCUCAGAUCUUCAGACCUCUGGUUCACUUAUGUGUGAUAUCCGCCAUCUGACAGACAUACAGUGCAAAUAUCGCAGUGGGGACAGAUUGGUCGACGUAUCUGAGUCAUCUACAACAGCAACAUGUGAACCAAAGAUUGGACUCCAGUGUGACAACCGUCUACAAGCUGAUGGGAGGCUCUGUGAAGACUAUGCUGUGCGUUUCUUUUGUGACUGUGGAAUACCUACAGUUCUACCCCAAAGGACAUCAGUAUUAUUACCGGAAACGACAACCGUCCCUCAAGAUACACCUUCUUCAGCGGAACCUACGAAGUCUACUACACCAAACUUAUGUGGACCAGGAGAGGUGUUGGUGGAAUGUGCUGUUUCCUGUGAUAAUAUGUGUCAUGGAUUUUCAAAGGUGUCAGAACUACUUGGAUCAUGUACAGAGAAUCGACGAUGUGAACCAGGAUGUGUACCUGAAAAGAUCAAGAAUGGUUGUCCGCCUGGCUACCUAAUGAGAGAUAGGGAAACCUGUGUCAAGAAAGAAGACUGCACUUGUUUGUCUGACCAAGGGAUUUAUAUAAGGCCUGGAGAAACAGUUGAUGAGUCAAACUGCACAAAAUGCCAAUGUUUGAACAAUGAGUACAAGUGUUUCACUGUGGACUGUGGGACAACACCAUCUAUUAUUAUUGCAACUAAAGAAAGAACUACAGUUACACUGCCAUCAGAGAACCAGCACAAAAAUUACACAACUGUUUCCUUAAGUACAGAUCAUACAGGCACUACUGCAGCUUUCACAACACCACCACUGACAGAGUCACCUCCAGCGUGUAUUUCAAACAGGUUCCAGAGACUGUUGAAUUCACUCCCACAAAUAAAACUGACUACCUCUGAUGAAAAGGAUGUUACUGAAACAGCUGUUCUGGAGACACCAGGUGCUGGAUGGAAAUCGAGCACCAUUGACGGAGAUCAGUAUCUCCAAAUAGAUCUUGGGUCAUCACAGCCAUUGUAUGGUAUAGAGAUGUCUGGAGUGCCAGGAACAGACCAAUAUGUUACCAGCUACCAUGUACUGACCAGCACUGAUGGCCAGCGGUAUCACUACCGGACUGACAACACUGGAGCUGUUCAAAUUUUCAGGGGGCCCAUUGAUGAUACACGAACUGUGCAGCAGAUUUUUGCUGUACCAGUUGAAGCACGCUAUAUUCGAGUGAAUCCUAAAACUUGGCAUGAAGGAAUAGCAAUGAAGAUAGAAGUUUUUACUUGCUCAGAGUCUCUGACCACCAUCACAACAAAAGCGAGCUUUCCACUUCCGACUACACCAGCAGCUCCAGAAUGUGUGGAAGUCAUGGGCCUUGAAAAUGGUAUGAUGUAUGAUGAACAGCUCACUGCUUCUUCAGUUCUGAAUGGUGAUAUUUAUGCUUUUGGACCAUCUCAGGCUCGUCUCAAUAAAGAUGGGGCUUGGGUGCCAGGCAUAAGUGAUACCAGCCAGUGGCUUCAGAUUGAUUUUGUUACACCAAGCAUUGUGACUGGUAUAAUCACUCAAGGGGCUCCCAGCAGUGAUAGCUGGACUGAAUCAUUUAAGGUUUUAUACAGUCUAGAUGGUUUAACUUGGAACCCUGUUCAGGAUGAGAAGCGAAUGGAGAAAAUUUUCCCAGCAAACUUUGAUUCUGACACUCCACACAAGAACAUGUUUGUUCAUCCCAUAAGGACACGCUUCCUACGUAUAGUGCCUCAGGAAUACCACCAUAUCAUUGCACUGAGGACAGAAGUUCUGGGUUGCUUCAAUCCAUACCCUACUCCAGCACCAACACCACCUCCUCCACCACCACCACCAUGUCCUUCUUGUCCUGGAUUACCACUAGAGCUCCAGGAGGACACUUCAGCAUGUGACUGCCAUCGCGCUAACACACUGUGGAAUGGUGAGAUGUGUGUCAACAGGUCACAGUGUCCCUGUUUUGUUGGACACAUUCCUUACGCCACUGGUAAAAUAUAUGAGACCGAGAAAUGUGAAACAUGUGUUUGCAAGCUGAAUGGUGUUCCUGAGUGCAAGACAAAAAGUUGUAGCGGAUGUCCAGAGGGACUGAGAGGUGUUCUUAUUAAGGGAAUAUGUGAAUGUCGUUGUGAACCUUGCCCACCAGCAACUCGACUGUGUCCGACAAGUGGUGCUUGUGUCCAUGAGAGUGUCUGGUGUGAUGGUGUGGAAGAUUGUCCAGAUGAUGAGGUUGCAUGUACAUUUGAAGAAGAAACAGAACCACCAGUAACUACUCCCUUACCUGGCACAGAACCAGCGUGUCCAGAUCCCCCUCAUUGCCCUGAUGGUUGGAGUCUUGUUCAAGAAGAAACCUCAUCCCUUGGUUGGUACAAGAAAGGAAAAACUUCAGCCCAUAAUUGGUACAAGAAAGGAACAUCUAAAAAUUACAACCGAGGAAAAUACAGUAAUAGUAAAAAUUAUAAACGACUUCCAAAGGUGGUGGUUCAGCGCUGUCCCACUUAUGUUUGUGUGCCACCAGCAGUUCCGUCUCCAUCUCCAGGGCCUUGUCCAGAACCCCCAACGUGUCCAUCACCACUUCAACAGGUGGAAAAGCCAAGCACAAAUGGAUGCCCAAAUUAUACUUGUGAACCACCUGAACCUCCAAAUGCAGUAUGCAACUUGACUGGUAUCUCCUUCAGCACAUUUGAUGGUGUUGGGUUCCAGUACAGAUGGUGUGUGCAUAUGUUAGCAAGAGAUAAUUCACAUGAGGAAGAGAACUGGGAAGUAACAAUUAAUCGGAACUGCACAACAAUUAUGCAAUGCUCUCCAUACCUGCACAUAAAGCAUGAUGCAGAUUAUGUCAAUCUUCAGUCUGAUUUGAAUGUUGAAUUCAAUGAUUAUACUUAUGCACCUGACCUGAUUUCAAACAUUGCUUCUGAGAACAAAGAAUUUAUGGUAAACCGUGUUGGUGACAGUUUGUACUUCCAGUCAAACCGAUAUGGUUUCUGGGUUACAUGGGAUGAGCAAGCAUCAGUGAAAAUUGGGGUGACAGGAAAAUUAAUGGAUGCUGUAGAUGGUCUUUGUGGUUUCUUUAAUGGCAUCCCAGGAGAUGAUAAACGUACUCCCAGUGGUACACAGGCACUGACUUUUGAAAGUUUUGGUGAUAGCUGGAUGUUGGGAGACAACCCUGAAGCUUGCAAGCAAUUGGCAUGCCCUGCAGAUAUUCAGAAUGAGGCAUUCCGUCUGUGCAACAAAGUCAAGGAUCCUCCAUUAUCUCAGUGCGCAUCUAUAGAGAAACUCAAUCAUUUUGUGUCUGACUGCUUGGAAAGCAUGUGCACCUGCUUACAAUCCCCAGUUUCUGACCCAAAUGGCUGCCACUGCAAAAUUUUGGAGAAGUUUGUGAGCCAGUGCCAUUUGCAGAACAGCAGCUUAGAUCUCACUGGUUGGAGAAUCCAAAAUGAUUGUCCCGCCUCGUGCGCACCUCCAUUGCAACAUCUGGAGUGUUAUCGCCGAGAAUGUGAACCUACGUGUCAUACACUUCGAGAACCUUGCCCCGUCACAAGUGAGAUUUGUUUCUCUGGCUGCUUUUGUCCAGAUGGCAUGGUUCGUCGUGGAGACACAUGUGUCCUGCCAACAGAAUGUAGAGAUUGUGUUUGUACUGGAUUUGGUGAUCCACAAUAUGUAACAUUUGAUCAGCAAAACUAUACAUUCAGUGGCAACUGCAGCUACAUUGCUGCCCAAGAUGUCAAUCCAACUGGAAAUCACGACUUCCAAGUCAUAGUCACAAAUAAGGAAUGCAUGCAUGAACAAGGCUCAACCUGUACAGAAGAAGUUAAAGUGCUAUAUAAACAGCAUGUUGUACAUGUCAGAAGAAAUCAAGAUAACAUAGAAGAGAUUUUAACUACAAUUGAUGGCUCACUGAUUAAUAAUUUCCCUGUACGCCUCGACUGGAUUAUUCUAGAAGAACUGGAUAAGACUGAACUGACCCUUCUGAUUCCUUCCAUCCAGUUGGAAGUAUCUUAUUUCCAUAGAAGUUUUGGAUUCAACAUCCGCUUACCUUCUCAUACAUACGGAGGAAAAGUAGAGGGACUUUGUGGGGACUGUAAUAGAAAUCCAAAUGAUGACUUUAAAGUAAAAUCUGGUGAAUUGACAGAAGACAUAGAUGAAUUUGGUAAAAGCUGGUUGACAGAAGAUGUCAAGAAUGAAAUGGAAUGCAAGUCAAUUGAAAAGAAACCACCUUGUGAGAGCUUGCCACCUGACCAGGACCCAUGUAUGGAGCUUAUUACUGCUGAAGUUUUCGGACAGUGCCGUCAGUUGCUCGGGGCCCCUACUGAUUUUGUGACUGCCUGUCAGUUUGAUAUCUGUCACACAUUAGAGAAGGAGGAUGCUGCUUGCAGGGAUAUGGAAGCAUAUGUUCGGAAAUGUACACAGCAAGGGCUGUGUGUGGACUGGCGUUCACCAUCACGGUGUCCUUUUGUAUGUCCACCUGGUAUGGUCUACCAUGCAUGUGGUUCUGGUUGUGUAAAGACGUGUGACAAUUACAAGACUUACAAUGAUACUGAAUGCCCCUUGGGUACCAAAGAAGGAUGCUUUUGUCCAGAAGGACAGGUUUUGCACAAUGGAACUUGCAUUGAUGAGGCUCGUUGUUCUCCAUGUGAUGAUGAAGGUCACUUUGAUGGAGAUAUAUGGAAGCCUGAUGCAUGCACUACUUGCAGUUGCAAAGGCUUCACCAAGGAAUGCAAACAGAGGGAGUGCAUUGGUGAGAAGAAAAUAUGCCCAGUAGGAACGAAGUCCAUCCAGGUGCCUGGUGGAGAUGAGUGCUGCCAAUUAUAUGAUUGUGAAAAUAUACCUUGCAUAAAUGAAACUAAAAAACCAGUUUGUGCUGAAGAUCAGGAAUUAAGCUUCAUAACAGAUGAAAAUGGAUGCAAGACUUAUUCUUGUGUGUGCCGUCCAUGUGAACCACAAAAUCCUGAGGAAGAGGAGACAGAUGAGCUUAAAGAAGUUUUUGAUGUAGACUUAGAGGUAGUACCAGGUCCAUACGUUCCGGCUGCACAACCCACGCGUCAAACACGCCCAAAGGUUCCACUGGCGCCUGGCUUUGAGAUUAUUUGGAAUAAUACCGGCUGUUGUCCAAAGAAAGAAAUAGUGUGCAACAUAAGUUUGUGUCCUGCCCCUCAAAGUUGCCCACCUCACCAUGAAUUGCUGGAAUUGUCACCUGUGAUGGGUGAAUGCUGUCCACGUCAUGCAUGUGAGCCUCGUAAAGAUGGUUGUAUAUACACGUUGUCUCUAACUAAUGAUGUCAAUGGUGGAGAAAGGACAAGAAAUGAGCAAGAAAAGGAGACACUCUUCAAAAAGCCAGGUGAACGAUGGCAGGAUGGCCCUUGCAAAUAUUGUGAGUGCAUAGGAAGCACACCAGGCCCAUAUCACCCAGAGUGCAAUAUAAGUCCUUGUCUUGAACCUGUAACUGAUCAAGAUUAUGUAAUAGAAGAGAAGAAAAAGUAUGGCGAAUGCUGCCCUCUCUAUGAAAAGAUUGCAUGCCAAGAGGGAGGACGUACCUACCAAGUUGGAGAACAGUGGCCUUCACCUGAUGGAAAUCCUUGUGUUAUCUUAUCAUGUGAGGAAACAGAGGAUGGUAUAGCAAAGAAGACACAUGUUGAGAAAUGUCAAACACAAUGCCAGGAGGGCUGGGAGUAUCGACCACCUGUUUCACCAGCUCGUUGCUGUGGAGAAUGCAAGCAGAGUGGCUGUCUGUUCAAUGGGCAGCUGUUUCCAGAGGCUGCCACCUGGGAAUCUGCUGAUCACUGCACAAAGUACUAUUGUCUCCAACUCAAUGGAACGUUCCAAAUAGACGCAGUGCUGACUGCCUGUCCAGAAGAAAACACAACUGACACAAACAUUGCUUAUGAGGUGCAGAAUGUUGAAGGACAAUGUUGCAAACAGCGAAUCCCUAUUGGCUGUCAAGAAGGGGGUGAAGUAUACAGUUUUAACACAACCUACCCUUCUCCUUCUGGCAACAAGUGUGAAAGUGUCACUUGCUUUUUCAAUGAAGUGACUGGCCAAGUCUACCGGAAAGUCAAUUUGCAGGAAUGUAUGAACUGCUCUGAGGGGUGGCGAUAUGUGGAACCUGCUCCUGAGUCUGGACAAUGCUGUGGUCACUGUGAACAACAGUACUGCAUGAGUGAAGGAAAUCAGUUCCCUGAGGGUCAGAAAUGGACAUCACCUGAUGGCUGCACAACCUUCAGCUGUGUCAGGAUAGGUGAACAGCUCCAGAUUGAAGUGACGAGACCAAACUGCCCAACAGAUCUGAGUUGCCCAGAAGAAUUUCUUGUUGAUGAUGGCUGCUGCAAGAAAUGUGACUAUAAAUGUUCAUCACGUGAGUGGAGUCCACAAAAGACCGUUGGAUUAUUUGAAGAAGCCAAUGCACAUGGCCUAUGUGUGAAUACUGAAGAGAUCUACGGGUUUGUAGAAUGCAAAGGAAGCUGCCCAUCCUAUCAAAUCUAUGACAGAGAUAACAGCGACUACAGGAGCAUCUGUAAAUGCUGUCAGGCAACAGGUUACAAGAAGCUGUCAGUGAGACUAACUUGUGAAGAUGGACACGCAUAUGUAAAAAAUGUUAGUGUACCAGUAACCUGCAUCUGUUCGACCUGUGGCAGUAGUGGUUUAGACAGACCAGGAAAUGGACAUCUAGAUAUAAAGUCACAGAAAAAAGGGCCUCAUAAUGUAUUUGAUGCUGAACGACAAUUGGAGGGCUCUCUAAAUGAACCACUGCCUACAGUUCCACAGGUCAUUGCACAUCCAUUGAAUAAAUCAGAAGGCAUAGGAACUGCAACAGAAAACAAGAACGAAGUAAAAGAAUUUGACGCUGAUGAAGAACGAGCAUUUGAUGAAUAUCUGAAAAAAGGCAGAGCAAAAACUCGUGCAUCAAAGAAUGCCACUAAGGGUACAAAGAAUAAAACAAGGAAGGAGUUGCCAGAUGUGUUUGAUGAACCACUUCUUAUAAAGGAAGCUGAUGCAUGAGAAAAAAUAAAGCCUUCUGAUUGACUGAACAUACUUGACACUUUCCUUUUUCAGAAGUUUCAUAUUGCAGUACCAUAUGUAUUUCCAGAGACACCAGACUGAAAUAAAUUACAUCCUUCACUGUUGUUAUUUUGUCGAUGUAUCUGUUUACGAAAAAUAAUACAGAAGUUUACAAUA